AUGUCGGCGAUACUCGGCGCAUCGUCGUCGCUACUGAGCCAGGACAACCUCUGGAGCGGUCCUGCAGCAGCUUCGACGUCUCGAGUCAACAAGCCAGCCACAUCGAGGACGCGUGCAAUCAGACGCAAGCCGGUUCCGCUGAUCCCCGCCGAGCUUUUGCAGCAACAUACUUCUUCGAGCAGCAUCUCAACAGCGUCAACGCCGACAGCACCCAUCUCAGCGGCGUCAAGAUCAGCGACUGUUGGCACAAAGCCAGCGCAGCCAGCACCUGCCAAGCCGGCGCAGAAGCCGCAACGACAGUACCUGCUUGAGAUUGAUGCACCCACUAUCUCCAGGGAGGACCGCGCUACUGCAGACGAGUCUGUGAGGCAGCUUCUGCGUUCAGCCACCGUGUCGACAUCGACUGGGCCUUCAAGACCGAGAAAGGGGCCGUUGAAAUGGGCGCAGGAUAAAGAAGAGCACGCUGCAGCUGCGUCAACGUCGUCUCUGCCCCCUCGCAACCCCACGCUUAGUCGAAAGACGAGCAUCUCGGCGCACCUCAAGAUGUCUCUGAGACGAAACAAGGUCGAAGAGCAGCCGUGCUUCGGGCUCAACAUCUCCGCGCCCACUGAUUUCGUCCACAUCAGCACCGGAUCGGAGGGCGCCAAAGCUUCUCCGAUCUCGCUGCGACGUUCUUCCACGACAUCGCCGCGGUCCUCGCUGCGCUCUUCCAUGUCUUCCACUUCAAGUGGGGUAUCUUUCGGCACGGCGGACUCUAGCCCACAUGAGGAUGCGGCGAAAGAUGAUAAACCGCUGUAUGAGGCCUUGGAGAGGAAGUAUCCUUUGCGACCGCUCAAGUCGAUCCGUCGUCCAACCAAGAUUUCGGUAGAUCUCUUGGAGCCCACGCUUAGCUUGUCCAAGGAACCAACGAGUCCGAAGGACAAGCGCAAAGGUAUCUAUGCAGCGCCUGGACUCGUACCGGACAUCUUGGAACCUGUCGAUUCGAUGAAUCAUAUCGCAGCGCCAAACGCUUCUCGAGCAGGCGAGCACUUUGCCGCCGCUCUCGACCGCUCCAUCGGCCGAACGCGUGGUCGUACCUCCGACGCAAGCGAACUGUCUCCCGAACCAGAGCUCAGCAGAAGCCCGAGUUCAGGCUACGAUUCGUCGACGUGCGCUAGCAACCGAUCGAGCUUGGGCUCGUUGCACGAGUUCAGGACGUUCCUCGACUUUCCCGAUAUGGAAGCCUCUGCACGUGGCAAGGCGGACGAGGAUAUGUGGUCCGGCUCGGCUUUGGCAGCCCCGAUCGUUCUGCCAAAGUUUUGA